CCAGCUCUGCGGUUGGCUGGCUCCAAAGCACCAAAGCGCUGUGGUUGGUUGUUACGUUUGUUGCUCAGCGGUCUUCAUUCCCCCCCUUCUUUUCCCAGGGUUCUUUGCGCGUCGCGGCCUUGUUCGCGCCUUCAGACCGCGGAGAAGCCACUGCCACCAUGUCAGACUAUCCCGGAGCCCAGAGCGGUAACCGUAAAGACGCAUUUGCCGAUGCUGUACAGAGGGCCCGCCAGAUUGCCGCAAAGAUCGGAGGCGAUGUCACCGGUGGCGUUAACAACACCCCAGAGUUCAACUUCGGGGGGCAGAAAAGGCAGUUAGAGGAUGGAGAUAUGUUUGGUUUUCCUUCUCCAGACCAGCCAGAGUGUAAGAAACUGGCAACCCAACCUGAAUCAAUGCCCCCUCAGCUUGCUCCAGUUCAUCCUCCAAGGUCGUCUUCCAUGACAGAGGAGUAUCGAGUUCCAGACGGAAUGGUGGGACUCAUUAUUGGUCGUGGAGGAGAACAGAUCAAUAAGAUUCAGCAGGAGUCCGGGUGCAAAGUACAGAUAUCCCCAGACAGUGGUGGGAUGCCCGAGAGGAUCGUUUCUCUGACUGGUAACCCCGAUGCUGUGCAGAAAGCCAAGAUGUUGCUCGAUGACAUUGUUUUGAGAGGUCGAGGUGGUCCCCCCAGCCAAUUCCACGACAGCUCCAAUGGGCAAAAUGGUUCCUUGCAGGAAAUCAUGAUCCCUGCUGGAAAAGCUGGACUGAUCAUUGGGAAAGGAGGAGAGACCAUAAAACAGUUACAGGAACGAGCCGGAGUCAAAAUGAUCCUGAUACAGGAUGGCUCACAAAAUACCAACAUGGAUAAGCCUCUUCGUAUAGUGGGGGAACCUUUUAAAGUGCAGCAAGCCUGUGAAAUGGUGAUGGAUCUUCUAAAGGAGAGAGACCAGCCGAACUUUGACAGAAAUGAGUAUGGGACACGAGGUGGUGGAGGAGGAGGAGGAGGAGGAGGUGGUAUUGAUGUGCCUGUCCCCCGACACUCAGUUGGGGUCGUUAUAGGACGCAGUGGGGACAUGAUUAAGAAGAUCCAGAAUGAUGCCGGUGUCAGGAUACAGUUCAAACAAGACGACGGAACCGGUCCUGACAAAAUUGCUCACAUCAUGGGCCCCCCAGACAGGUGUGAGCACGCAGCGAGUAUUAUUAGCGAUCUCCUUCAGAGCUUACGGACUGGUCCCCCUGGUCCUCCAGGUCCAGGAAUGCCUCCAGGUGGCAGAGGAAGGGGUCGGGGGCAGGGUCCUUGGGGUCCUCCUGGUGGUGAAAUGACAUUCUCUAUACCCACUCACAAGUGUGGACUGGUGAUUGGAAGAGGUGGGGAAAAUGUGAAGGCAAUUAAUCAGCAGACUGGAGCAUUUGUUGAGAUCUCCAGGCAGCCGCCACCAAAUGGGGACCCCAACUUCAAGAUGUUUAUUAUUAGAGGCAACCCCCAACAGAUCGACCAUGCCAAGCAGCUGAUUGAGGAGAAGAUUGAGGGCCCUCUUUGUCCAAUUGGACCCGGUCCACCUGGCCCAGGCCCAGCCGGUCCCAUGGGACCUUAUAACCCAGGUCCCUACCAGCCUGGACCUCCAGGAGGCCCUCCACACCAAGGACCCCCUCCUCCAGCAGCUCAUCAGUACCCUCCUCAAGGCUGGGGAAGCACAUAUCCCCAGUGGGGCCAGCCUCCUGCAGCUCACGACCCCACAAAACCUCCUGCUCCCACAGAUCCCAGUGCUGCAUGGGCUGCUUACUACUCUCACUAUUACCAACAACCUUCUGCUCCCGUCCCAGGGCAGCCCCCCGCUGUUCCUGCACCUCCACCUCAAGGAGAACCCCCACAACAGCCCCCAUCUGCCAACCAGCCUGAUUACACAAAGGCCUGGGAGGAAUAUUACAAGAAAAUGGGUCAGCAAACUCCACAGCCUGCGGGGCAGCCAGACUACACAAAAGCUUGGGAGGAAUACUACAAGAAGCAAGCAGCAGCAACUCCAGGAGCACCAGCAGCAGCAGUGGCGGCAGCAGCAGCAACGGCGGCUCCACCUGCAGCACAGCCAGAUUAUAGUGCAGCAUGGGCAGAAUAUUACCGACAGCAAGCAGCAUAUUACGGACAGGCUCCAGGAGCUCCCCCCACACAACCCCCAUCGGCACAGCCGGGGCCACAGGCCCAAUGAAUGUCACUUGCCCCCUGGCCCGUUGCCCGUCUGAAGAGAGUCCCGCUGCUGCUGCCCGUCUCACAGUGGGGAGAAGUCGUAUGAAGAGUCGUCUAGUCGUUUUAUUUUUUUUUUUUUUUUAGGACCCGCCCUCUCCUCCACUUUACCCAGGAGGCCAUCUUCCAAAAGUAAAAGACGAGCCCCCGGAGGCUUGUUGUGUGCAAAGCAGGUGUAGAAAUUAGGACUAAUCUGAGCGCAACCCCCAGAACCCUCCAAUUUUCUUUCCCCAGCAAAGACACACGGUUUUAUUCACUGGAACCGCCCUGUGAGUAAUAAAUGUAAUAUAUAAUUUGUUUUGUUUUAAGUAAAGGUUAAUUCCCUAUGUCCCUGUGCUUUUAGUUCAACAUUCCCUGGUAUCACCCCCCGUGCUGCCUGCUGCUCCCUCCCCUGUGCCUGGGGAUCCGUGAAGGCUGCAGCUCCCGCCCCAGUGGAUUGUGGGGGGUGAUGGGAGUCAGCUGGUCCGUCUCACAGCUGGGGGGGGGUUGUGAUGUGUUUUUUUUUUUUGUCUAUUCAGAGACAUGGAAACUGUACGCUGAGUUUUUACUUUUUAUUGCCUGUUUUUAACUUCACAAUAAACCAAUGAGAAAACUC